AUGGCUGAAGCUCUACUGAUUCUUCGCAUACUCAAGACAAUUAUUGGUGUGGUAGGCAUCUUAGAUAAUGGACUGGUCAUUUUGGUGAUCAGCAGAGUGAAGUUCAUGCACACUCUGACUAAUACCUUCAUCUGUCACCAAGCUGUGAUUGAUUUCAUCGGCUCUUUGCUCCUUCUACUACAGAGCAACAUCCCCAACCCGGACCCUGUACCAGACACCAUGGCGGGCCAAGUUCUAUGCCGUGUGUGGAUCGGAGACGCUAUGCUCUGGCUCUUCUUCGUCAUCUCAACAUUCAACCUUCUUGGAUUGACUCUUGAGAGGUAUGCCGCUAUCGUCUACCCGUUGAAGUACCGUACCUUCUUCGACCGUCGCCCAGCCAUCAUUAUAAUGAUACUGGCUUGGAUCAUUGGUAUCUUGCUCAAGUCCUACUCCUUCAUCAUAUACAACGUAGUGGAGGGUGUCUGUAAAUUCCAGCGUGUUUCUGUAUCCUUCAUCAUCGGUCCCCUUCUCAUUGUUCUCCAGUACUUCUUACCGGCUGGCGUGAUGCUCUUCUGUUACAUUCACACUGCCAUCUCAUUGAAGAAAGGUGCUCUACGAGUCGCCCCUGUGCCAGCCCCCAUCAUUAUACAUGUAGCCGGGUCCGAGCCGAAGCCCCCCGUGGUUGUGAACGACCAGCAGGAGUCCCUCUUCCGUGCCCGGCGAAACACCUUCAAAACCCUGGUCAUCGUCUUUGCUGUAUUCCUUAUCUGCUGGAGUCCAAGUCAGAUAACUUUCUUCAUGUUCAAUUGUGGAUGGCUUCAGUUGGAUUUCACCGGUGCAUUGAAUGUCUUCAGCACGUUCCUUGUUGCGGCUAACUGUUGUAUCAAUCCAAUCGUGUACAGCAUGAAGUACAAGCAGUUUCAGAGAGGAGUCAAAUGCUUGUUUUACGGCGAUGCGGCAAUUCGUUCUCAUAUCUCUGGUGAGCGUUACGGAUCUUCAAGCAACAACGGUACAGCUGAAACACACACCGGUGGAACUCGAUCAAAAUAA